GUCCUGCCAGGCCCUGCUGGGCCCAUCCCCUUCUCCCACCCUCCAGGCGAGGGGGACAGGCUGCUGUGUCUGGGAGUGAGCGCCAGUUCAGGCCCUGCAGCACCUCGACUCUGUGAAGGUUGCCCAGCAGUUGGAUCCACGUGAUUAGAGGUCGUGGGCAGUGCUUUGUACCUGGACAGCUGCUCACAGGACCCCGUUCCUGCAGAGGGAUGGCUGCAAAGAAAAAGGAGGUAUUGCUGCAGAUGAAUAUCACUAGCCAGGAGCUUUGGGAAGAAAUGCUGUGUCUCAAAGGACUCAUUGUUGUUGAUGCGUUUCAAGUCUGGUGUGGCCCGUGCAAAACAGUAGUGGAUCUGUUCCAAAAAAUCAGGAAUGAAGUUGGCAGUAAUCUCCUGCAUUUUGCUGUGGCUGAAGUUGACUCCAUUGAUGCUCUGGAAGGAUACAGAGGACAAUGCCAGCCUGUCUUUCUGUUUUAUGCUGAAGGAGAAUUAGUGGCUGUUGUAAAAGGAGUGAAUGCACCACUGCUGCAGAAAACCAUCCUGGAACAGCUGGCAGGGCAAAGAAAGGUUUUAGAACAUGGAGGAGAGCAAGUGCUGGUAAUCAGUCAGAUGGAAGACAGAGCCCUCUCCGAGGAGGAGGGAAGCACAGCUGCUCCGCAGGGAGCACAGCGGGAAGGCCAAGCAGACUGACGCGCCCCCGGGCCCGGGAUGACGGCCGGCAGCGUGGAGGAGACGCGGGGUUUGCCGAUAAAUAAAAGGA